UAGGUGGCUUCCCAUUAUAAUGGCGGAUAUUACUAGAACAAGCAAUCUGCUUCAUUUUCUAGCCCCCAUAGCUUCAUUUUCUUAAAUAUCUUUUUGUCUACUAUAUAUCUUAAGAUUAGAAUAGGAAUCCAUUUUCUACUUUUUAGUGCAUCUUCUUCUUUCUUGAUAUUAUUGAACUGAAAUGGCUGUGGCUAUGGUUUCUUGUGGAAUGCCCACUAGUUUAAAACUUAUAGAGAAGCAACCCAUUUCAACUCCAGGCUUCUUUAAUGGCUCUUUAGCUUUGAAUCCAGUCCAAAAACUGCACAUUACACCCAAAAGAUUAGCUUUUUCUGGGAGUACAAUUAUUCCUAAAGCAUCGGUUACAGCUGUGGAGCAGGAUGGAAGUUCACAAGAGACUGCUGCAGUUCCAACACCCAAAGUUGUAAUCGAUUUGGAUUCAGAUCCAGAAGCAACGAUCGUAGAGGUUACCUUUGGGGAUCGCCUUGGGGCACUUCUCGACACAAUGAAUGCAUUAAAAAACCUUGGGCUGAAUGUUGUCAAGGCUAAUGUAUGUCUUGAUUCAUCUGGGAAGCAUAACACAUUCGCCAUCACAAAAGCUUCUACGGGUAGGAAGGUCAAUGAUCCAGAGCUGCUUGAAGCAAUUCGUUUGACGAUCAUCAAUAAUAUGAUGGAAUACCACCCGGAAUCUAGCUCCAGAUUAGCUAUGGGGGAAGCUUUUGGUGUUUUUCAACCAUAUCAGAAGAUUGACGUGGACAUAGCGACCCAUAUCCAUGUUUAUGACGAUGGUCCUGAAAGAAGUUUACUCUGUGUAGAGACAGCAGACAGACCUGGACUGAUAGUUGAUCUUGUCAAGACCAUUACUGACAUAAACAUUGAUGUUGAAUCAGGAGAGUUCGAUACUGAGGGAUUGCUUGCUAAGGCGAAAUUUCAUGUCAACUACAAGGGCAAAGCGCUGAUCAAGCCCCUUCAACAGGUUCUUGCGAAUAGCCUGCGUUAUUUCUUGAGGAGACCAACAACAGAGGAUGCAAGUUUUUAAUACAAUGCUGAAAAGUGAGAAGUUGUCAACAGGGUUAACCAAGUACUUUCAAUUUUCAAGAUCACGAGGCUUGCUGGUUUUAGCAGCACCAAUCCAUUCCAAGGUGUAAACAGAGAAAAUAUGCAUGAAACUCAGAAUCAUAGCUUCAAUACUGCUGUAACAAUGUAGGUUUCUACCAUUUAUACGUUAAUGAUAUAAGUUUUCAGAACAGGAAAAAAAAACCAAUUAUGUUAUCCUUCAUCACUGCAAUUUGAGCUAUCAGUUUCAUUAACAUGAAGGUGGAAAAGAUGAUUGUCCUACCUACCAAUUCAAUCGAACUUACACAGCCUCUCUAUCUCACAAGGUAGGGUUAAGGUUUGCGUACA